AUGCAAGAUCCAGUGAUGUCGAACAACAUGGCCAAGAUUGCAGAUGCUCGAAAGACGGUAGAACAAUUGAAACUGGAGGUCAACAUAGAGAGGAUGAUGGUAUCUAAAGCAGCAGCUGAUUUGAUGGCCUACUGUGAAGCUCACGCCAAAGAGGACCCCCUGGUGACACCAGUGCCUUCCUCUGAAAACCCAUUUCGAGAGAAGAAAUUAUUCUGUGUAAUACUAUGA